AUGGAAGAAACCUCACUGUAUCGACGUCGAAAUCGAGCCAAAGAUCUCCAGCAGGAAUCACGUGAGGAUAGCACCGAUUUUCACAUUGGAAGCGAGGAAGAACAUGAAAACCGCGGUUUGUUGCUUAAAAGGCCCUCGAAAGUUACGGUAAACGAAAAUCUGACGAUACUGGUAGAUGAAGAAAAUGUUCUAGACGCUCCGACUACCAGUCACUCUCAGGAACGGCUUUUGCACGAAGGAAAGAAAAAGGAAGAAUUACCAAAUGUCGGCUUUUUCUCGUACUUUUGGUCGGAACUAACGAGGGGAUAUUCGCUGGACAGUGACCAGGCACGAUAUACCGAAAAACGCCGCAAAGUCUACGCGUUCUUUCGAAUACCUUACGAGCUCGAAAAGUUUAUCUUCUUUGGAAUGCUGCAAUGUAUUGAUGCCUUCUUUUACCUUUUUACCUUUUUGCCAAUUCGAUUCAUACUUUCACUGUUGGGAUUAAUUUUUCGAUUACGCCGUUUGACAGCAGCGGAAAUUUGUGACAUUUUGAAAGUAGGCAUUAUUCUCUUCUCUUCGUAUGCAAUGCAAUAUAUUGAUACGUCUAUGGUCUAUCAUCAGGUUCGAGGACAGGGUGUGAUCAAACUCUACAUGUUUUUCAAUAUGCUGGAAGUUGCCGACAAGCUUUUCAGCAGUUUAGGACAAGAUGUGUUGGACUCUCUUUUCUGGACCGCAAAUGAGCCAAAGAGCAUUCGCAAUUUUUUCUGGACGCUGCUUCAUUUCUUUUUUGCCGUCGGUUACGCGAUCUCACACACUUUCCUGGUUCUUUUACAGGCGACAACGCUGAACGUCGCUUUCAAUUCACAUAAUCAAUCUCUUUUGAUGAUUAUGAUGAGCAACAACUUUGUUGAGAUCAAAGGAUCGGUUUUCAAAAAGUUCGCAAAGGCAAAUCUCUUUCAAAUGAGUUGCAGUGAUGUUCGCGAACGAUUCCACAUCAUUGCUCUACUCGUUGUUGUUCUGCUAAGAAACAUGAUGGCGGUGAAUUGGAGUAUCGAUCAUUUCUCUGAAAUGCUUCCCGAUUUGGCGAUAAUCUGGGUUGCCGAGCUACUUGUUGACUAUCUAAAACAUGGUUUUAUAACCAAGUUCAACGAAAUUAAUGCGGAUGUUUAUAAAGAUUUUACCUUAACAUUGGCUUUUGAUGUGGUAAAAAGUCGAGGAGAAGCUGCUUAUUCGGAUUACUCAGAUCAGGUUUCUCGUCGAAUGGGCUUCAUUCCGAUUCCUCUCUCAAUAAUGAUCAUUCGAGUCAUCAGUCAAACGUUCUCCUUCAACAACGUGUCGAGCAUUUUGGUUCUCUGCUUAGUUUGGCUCCUGCUCGUCGUUCUGAAAGUUUUCAAUGGUGUAUUGAUGCUAAGAAAAGCCUGCCAAUACGUGAGCACUUAUCGAGAUCUUCAAGCAAGGGCGGAAAUGAAUCUAUUCAGAAAACGACUUGUCGAGAAAAAGAGUCGCAGUGCUCCGAGUAGCCCAAAGAUUAGUAUUAUUGAUUUCAAUGACGUUUUGCAUCAAGCUCCUGGAAUUAAUGGACCAACGAUGACCGAAGUGAUUUCACAACUGGAAAAUCUCAAGCUUGAAAAUCGCUCAUUUGUCACCCCGAAGAUCACUGCGGAAGAACGAACACCAAGACGAGCAAAAAGCUUUGUUAAUUUGUCCAGAUCUCGCCGAGAUACAAGUGAACCUCCAGCUGGCCUUACCGAUUCAGAUGCGGAGUGCAAAGCACGAGAAAGCGUCGAUGAAUGGGAUCGAAAUGAGAGGGAAGACUCUGGGCAAGCAAGUCCGAAGAAAAAGGUUAAAGAAGAAAAGCCAACAAAUACGACGGUGCCUGGCGGUGAUUCGGAAACACUGUUGAGUGACGUCACUGCAUACAAAAUGCUACAACCGGAUCAAGGUGUCGAGCGAAUAGAA